AUGUUGUUGACCUUCAAGGUGGUGAAAACACCGCACAUUUUGGUUAUCAUGUCAGUUUCUGUUGUUGGGAUUUCCGACCACACUACAUUUAUUCACGGAAAACGAAACACAAAAUUUAUUAUACAUUUGAAAGCAAACAACCGGGAAUGGUCUGUAACUCGUUAUUACACCGAAUUUCAUGCAGUCUAUACGAAAUUAAAAGAAUCAGAAGAUUGUACAGGGUUACAAUUGCCAGGAAAUAACCUACUAAGUGUGUUUACAAAUCGACGUAAAGGUUUGUGUAAUUUUGUUAAAAAACUUGUAUCCACUGAUUUGUUGAUUAAAAAUGAAAAUGUACAACUAUUUCUUGAUCUUAAUAAAAACAAAGAAUUAUCUAAUUUAGCGUCAUCUCAGGAUACAGAUUUAAUUGAUCUUGGGCCAACAGAGGAUAAAAAAGCAUCCUUAGAUGACUUUGAAAUUGUCAAAACUAUUGGUGAAGGAAAUUUCGGAAAGGUUUAUUUAGCUGUUUCACGUAAAACCAAUCAAGCAUUAGCAAUAAAAGUGCUUAAAAAAGAUGCAGUUAAACAGCGUAAAGAAGUUGAUAAUGUCAUGUCUGAACGUAAUGUGUUAGUUAAAAGUUUGAAUCAUCCAUUUCUGUGUAAACUACACUUUUCAUUUCAAAGUACAACUAAAUUGUACUUUGUAUUGGAUUAUAUCAAUGGUGGAGAGUUAUUUUAUCAUAUUCAACGUGAACGAGUGUUUACUGAAACACGAACACGAUUUUAUGCAGCACAAAUCGCCUCUGCUUUAGGUUAUUUGCAUUCAGAGAAUAUAAUUUAUCGUGAUUUAAAACCUGAAAAUAUACUUCUUGAUAGUAAGGGAUAUGCAAUCCUAACAGAUUUUGGUUUAUGUAAACAAAAUUCUGCCAGUCAAUCGACUACACUAACGUUUUGUGGCACUCCUGAAUAUUUGGCACCGGAAAUUUUGCGUAAACAACCAUAUGAUUUUGCAGUCGAUUGGUGGUGUUUAGGAUGUGUUAUUUAUGAAAUGUUACAUGGUCUACCUCCAUUCUAUUCAGAAAAUCGUGCGCGUAUGUAUCGAUAUAUAUUGGAAAGACCUUUAAAAACACGUAAUACACUUAGUUUAUCAACUGAAAAUAUUUUAUUUCGUUUACUUCAAAAAGAUAAAAUUAAUCGACUUGGAAGUGAAAAUGAUUUUGAAGAAAUUAGUAAGCACCGAUUUUUCAAAGAUAUUGAUUGGAUAAAACUAUUAGAGCGCAAAUUAACUGCACCAUUUCUGCCAUCAGUAACCUCCUCAACUGAUACACGAAAUAUUUCACCGGAAUUUGUCAAUUCCUCUGUACCAAAUUCCCUUAUAUGUUCUGUAAUGCGAGCAAGAAAUCUUCAUGGUAUAGAUGAAACAUUUUCUGGAUUUUCUUAUGUCCCAACUAAAAAUAUUCAUAGUUAG